AUGAAUAACCGACUACGUCUCAAGGCUUCAAUUGAUGUUGUUUGUUGGUUAACACUUCAAGCUUGUGCUUUUAGGGGUCACGACGAAAAGGUUAUAUCAAAAAACCAAGGUAAUUUUCUUGAGUUGCUAAAACUUUUGGCCUCUUAUAAUGAUGAAGUUGCACAAGUUGUGUUGAAUAAUGCUCCAAAGAAUGGAAAAUAUACUUGCCAUCAAGUUCAAAAAGAGCUCUUGGAAAUUCUUUCUAGUAGAGUGAAAAAACAUAUUCGUGAGGAAAUUGGUGAUUCCAAGUUUUGUAUCAUUGUAGAUGAAGCUCGCGAUGAGUCACAAAAGGAACAAAUGGCUCUGGUGUUAAGAUUUGUUGAUAAAGAUGGUUUAAUACAAGAGCGAUUUUUUGAUAUGAGAUGUGUUACUAGCACUACAUCUUUAAGUCUUAAGGAAGCAGUGUGUGAUAUACUUUCUCGACAUAACCUUGAUGUUUCUAACCUUCGUGGUCAAGGGUAUGAUGGUGCAAGCAAUAUGAGAGGAGAAUGGAACGGUUUACAAGCAUUGUUUAUGAAGGAUUGUCCUUAUGCAUACUACAUCCAUUGUUUUGCUCACAGAUUACAACUUUCCUUGAUUACUGCAUCAAGUGAACGACAUGAUGAGUUACAAGCUGCCCAACUAAAAGAAAAUGAAUAUUUGUUGGAAAUUGAAGGGAUAGUACCUGGUAAAGGUGCAAACCAAAUUGGUACUGUGAAACGGGCAACAGAUACUCGAUGGGGAUCACAUUUCAGUUCUAUUUAUGCUAUUGAGAUUCCUGAUCUCGAUGAUUUGCAUUCAGCAACAAGAUUUGGACGCUCUCGUCUCGAAGAGAACCAGGAUAGUUAUAAAGCUUUUGAUGUUGAUACUAUUUGCACUCUUGUUGAUAAAUAUUAUCCCAUGGAUUUCAAUGAUCAAGGGAAGAUUCACUUGUGUUAUCAACUCGAGCAAUUCAUUGUUGAUGCCCGCAAAGAACCAUGUUUGAAGAAUUUAUCAACUAUUCAAGAAUUAUGCUCGUGUUUGGUUGCAACUGAGAGGAAUAAAAUUUACUUCUUGAUUGAUAGACUACUCCGCCUUAUCAUGACUCUUCCAGUUUCUACAGCAACAACUGAGAGAUCUUUUUCAGCAACGAAGAUUAUCAAGACUAGGUUGAGAAACAAGAUGGGAAGUGGGUUUCUAAAUGAUACCAUGACAGUUUAUAUCGAAAGGGAAAUUAGUGCAAGUAUUAGUUCUGAGUCAGUUAUUGAUGAUUUCAAGUUAGUUGGAUCGCGUAACGACUUAUUUUAA